AAGGUUUAGUAUGACAUGUCUGCACGUUUUUUGUGUUGUCAUUAAUCAUGGCAGCCGAAGGAGACUUCCUGACGCGCUAUCGAGCAGUGUCAAAUAAACUGAAAAAGCGAUUCCUUCGGAAACCCAAUGUCGCUGAAGCCAGCGAGCAAUUUGGUCAGCUAGCCAAAGAGUUGAAACAGCAGGACUGUCUUCAGUAUGCAGCGUUCUGUAACUUGGCUAUGGCUCGACCCAUACUUACCAGAGGUGAGGUGCCUUGCAUUCAACCACCGCCUUUGUGUAGGUGCGAGCAGACCCUGUUCAACGCCCCGGGGGAGGCCCUGGCACUGACCGACGCCGCCCGCCUCUUCCUGCUCUCCGAGCGGGAGAACAGGGCACUCCAGGCCCCAGGCUUCGACGAGCACCUGCAGGCCGCGCUCAACUGCUACAGCUUUGCCAUAAAGGUGUACAUCGAGAUGAACCAGCCGGUCAUGGCCGCUAGUUUGUGUCUGGAGUUGGGUAAUGCUCUCAAGGAGAUGAACCGACCAGGAGAGGCGAUAGUCCACUUCCAGCGAGCGGCAGAGCUGCAGACACAGAUGCCCAUUGAGUCCCUGCUGUCACAGUGGGAGAUGGCCGCCUGCAAGAUCCUCACUCGUGACUAUGAUGGCGCGCUGGCCGUGCUGUCGGAGAUGCAGCUCACCUGUCAGGAGAGAGGACUACUCCUGCCCGGCACAAACACCCCCGUCGGGGCGUUUAUGGACCUCAUGGCCAAGUGUGAGAUCUCCAGAGUGCUCCUGCUCAUGCUAUUAGAGCCCCCGCCUCAGAAGCUACUUCCUGAGCACGCCCAGACGCUGGAGAGGUACGCCUGGGAGUCCUUCGACUCGCACAGCCAAGUGACCUUCCUCGCAGAGAACAUCUUCCUGCUCCUGCAGUCUGUUGUGAUGGCCUGUCAAGAGAAAGACACGGAGUCCCUAAAAUCUCUGCAGAUUGAGUUGUGGCCUCUUCUCUCGGCUGAGGAGAAUCACCUUCUCCAUUUGGUGGUGCAGGAGAGAAUCACCCCCUCUGGCCAGGGCAUUUAGUUUAACCCAUUUCAUCUGCACCCCCCCACCCACACCCCCCCUACAAAAUCAUGGUCAAUGGAACAUUCCACCCGCUCUGCCUGGUGCAGAUAGAACACUUACAUUUCUUUUUGUUUCUGGAAUGUCCGUUUAAGAAAAAACUAAGUUCACUAUGGAUGCAACUUCAACACGCAUUCCUUAUUUGUCUUAUUGUCAAAGCUGAAAUGUCAUCUGUGGUUCGAUCAUGUGUUUUUGCACAAGAUGGCCGCCCUGGAUGAUUUUGUCUGUUUAUAGUGGAGUCCCACCAUCUUGUGAGCUCCUGCACAGUGUUCAUUCACGUCUUGAUGCGCAGCCUGCUGCGACUGAGCUGUGAGGCUACAGAGAUUAUCUAUUUAUUGGAAGUUUGAUUUCUGAAGUAUAUGAUUAUAUAAAUGUCAGAUGUAAAUAUAUUAGCAAAUAAACAGAAAACAAAUAAUUACUG